AUGGCUUUGGUCACGGUCCAGCGAUCGCCGACCCCCAGCACCACCUCCAGCCCCUGCGCCUCGAGCUCUCAUUUGGAAGACAGUGAAUCAGCAGCAUUACUUUGCUGUGAAUGUGAAGAAUCAGAAAUCUUUAGUGAUUCCAAUGAGGCAGACAGUGGAGAGGAGGAAUGCCGGUCACAGCCCAGGAGCAUCAGCGAGAGCUUUCUAACUGUCAAAGGUGCUGCCCUUUUUCUACCACGGGGAAAUGGCUCAUCCACACCAAGAAUCAGCCACAGACGCAACAAGCAUGCAGGUGAUCUCCAACAGCACCUCCAAGCAAUGUUCAUAUUACUCCGCCCAGAAGACAACAUCAGGCUGGCUGUAAGACUAGAAAGUACUUACCAGAAUCGAACACGUUAUAUGGUAGUGGUUUCAACCAACGGUAGACAAGACACUGAAGAAAGCAUCGUUCUAGGAAUGGAUUUCUCCUCUAAUGACAGUAGCACUUGUACCAUGGGCUUAGUCCUGCCUCUCUGGAGUGACACCCUAAUUCAUUUGGAUGGUGAUGGAGGGUUCAGCGUAUCAACAGAUAACAGAAUUCACAUAUUCAAACCUGUAUCUGUGCAGGCAAUGUGGUCUGCACUCCAGAGUUUACACAAGGCUUGUGAAGUGGCCAGAAUGCAUAACUACUACCCAGGUAGCCUGUUUCUCACCUGGGUGAGUUAUUAUGAGAGCCAUAUCAACUCAGAUCAAUCAUCAGUCAAUGAAUGGAAUGCCAUGCAAGAUGUACAGUCCCACCGGCCUGACUCUCCAGCUCUCUUCACUGACAUACCAACUGAACGUGAGCGAACAGAAAGACUAAUUAAAACCAAAUUAAGGGAGAUUAUGAUGCAGAAGGAUUUAGAGAAUAUCACAUCCAAAGAGAUACGAACUGAGUUGGAAAUGCAAAUGGUUUGCAACCUGAGAGAAUUCAAGGAAUAUAUAGAUAAUGAAAUGAUAGUGAUUCUUGGUCAGAUGGACAGUCCUACACAAAUAUUUGAGCACGUGUUCUUGGGCUCCGAAUGGAAUGCCUCUAACUUAGAGGAUUUACAGAACCGAGGGGUGCGGUAUAUUUUGAAUGUCACUCGAGAAAUAGAUAACUUCUUCCCAGGAGUCUUCGAAUAUCAUAACAUUCGGGUAUAUGAUGAAGAGGCAACAGAUCUCCUGGCUUACUGGAAUGACACUUACAAAUUCAUCUCUAAAGCAAAGAAACAUGGAUCUAAAUGCCUUGUGCACUGCAAAAUGGGGGUGAGUCGCUCAGCCUCCACUGUGAUUGCCUAUGCAAUGAAGGAAUAUGGCUGGAAUCUGGACCGAGCCUAUGACUAUGUGAAGGAAAGACGAACAGUGACUAAGCCCAACCCCAGCUUCAUGAGACAACUGGAAGAGUACCAGGGGAUCUUGCUGGCAAGCAAACAGCGGCAUAACAAGCUCUGGAGAUCUCAUUCAGAUAGCGACCUCUCAGACCACCAUGAACCCAUCUGUAAGCCAGGGCUAGAACUCAACAAGAAAGAGAUCACCACCUCAGCAGACCAGAUUGCCGAAGUGAAGACCAUGGAAGGUCACCCAUCCAUACCUCCUGUCUUUGUGGAACAUGUCCCACAAGAUGAAAAUCAGAAAGGCCUGCGUACCAAAGAAAGAGUGAUUUGCUUGGAGUUUACUUCUAGGGAAUUUCAUGCCGGACAGAUUGAAGAUGAAUUAAACCUAAAUGACAUCAAUGGAUGUACAUCAGGGUGUUGUCUCAAUGAAUCAAAAUUCCCUCUUGACAACUGCCAUGCAUCUAAAGCCUUAAUCCAACCUGGACAGGCCCCAGAAAUGCCCAACCAGUUCUCAGACUUCACAGUGGAAGAUCUGGAGACAGAUGCACUGAAAGCAGACAUGAACGUCCAUUUACUGCCAAUGGAAGAAUUGACAUCUCGCCUGAAAGACCUUCCCAUGUCCCCUGACCCUGAGUCACCCAGCCCCCAGCCCAGCUGCCAGGCUGACGUCUCAGAUUUCAGUACAGAUCGUAUUGAUUUUUUUAGUGCUCUGGAGAAGUUUGUAGAGCUUUCUCAAGAAACACGGUCACGAUCUUUUUCCCACUCAAGGAUGGAGGAACUGGGUGGAGGAAGGAGUGAAAGCUGUCGACUGUCAGUGGUAGAAAUAGCCCCUUCUGAAGUGACAGCUGAGGACCAGAGAAGCAGCUCCUUGAGUAACACUCCCCAUGCAUCUGAAGAAUCUUCAAUAGAUGAGGAACAGUCAAAGGCAAUUUCAGAACUGGUCAGCCCAGACAUUUUCAUGCAAUCUCACUCAGAAAACGCAAUUUCAGUCAAAGAAAUUAUAACUGAGAUUGAAUCUAUCAGUCAAGGAAUUGGACAGAUUCAACUAAAAGGAGACAUUUUAUCCAACCCAUGCCAUACACCAAAGAAGAACACCAUCCAUGAGAUGCCCCUUGAGAGGGCCCAGGCCCCGGACAACAAACCUGGGAAUCUGGAGCCGAAUGAGGUUUCCUGCUCAGCCCAGCCUGAACUAGCCAAAGACUCAGGGAAGUGGGACCCAGAAGGCUGCCUAACUGUACCCUCAUCCGCCACAGACUUGGAAGAAGAGGAACCAGCUGAGGGGGAACAAGAGCUCUGGGGCCCAGGGGCACACCCAGGUGCCAAGUGGUACCCUGGCUCUGUAAGACGAGCCACCUUAGAGUUUGAGGAGCGCUUGCGGCAGGAGCAAGAGCACCAUGGUGCCACUCCUGCUUGUACCUCACUGUCCACUCGCAAGAAUUCCAAGAAUGAUUCCUCUGUGGCAGACCCGGCAUUGAAAGGGAAGAGUGAGGAAGCCACCCUAGAACAUCCGUUUGUCCCCAGGGAACCAGAGAUGAGCAAGAACAAAGGGAAACCCAGCGGAUCUGAGGCCGGCUCCCUACUGCCUUGUGAGCAAGGUGUCACUGUUCCAGCACCCAAGCCGCUGGAUUUCCGCCCCUCGCAGGCUCCUCACGAGUGCCCGGAGUCAGAGCCUAGAACCAAACGGCAAGGAGUCCUGAAGGAGCAGAGGACUGUGGUUUCAUGCCAGGAAUCUGAAACACAGGGAGUCCCUUUUCCCAAGAAGAUAGAAAUCAUUGAGUACACCCACGCAGUCACAUCCCCCAAUCACACUGGGCCAGGGGGCGAAGUAGCCACCAGUGACGAGAGUGGGGAGCCAGGCCUGAGGAAAAUGAAAGUGGAGAAGUCCAUCACUGUGCUCUGUGCACUGGAUGAAAAUCUGAACAGGACGCUGGGCCCCGAGCAGGUUUCCCUCCACCCCAAAGUGCUACCUCUGUCGCCUCCUUCCUCUCCUGAGCACAGCAGGCCCACCGACCCGCCCUCCACUCCGAGCAGCCCGGAGGAUGGGGGCAACAGCCCCGCAACAGCCCUGGACACAGCAGCGCCUUUUGUUAGCCACACCACCCACUUACCAUCUGCCAACUUGGAUUAUCUGCACCCCCAGACCGUGGUUCACCUGGAAGGCUUCACAGAGCAGAGCAGCACCACAGACAGUGAGCCCUGUGCAGAGCCAGGGCGCUGGGAAGAAAGUCAAGAAGGCCCCCUGUUCAGUGGCAAUGAAGUGUCACAUAAGGGCUCCCAGUUAACUAGUGAAGACUUAAGUUUAAUCAGCACAUUUAGUGACAGCAUUGGGAAGUUACAAGAAAAACUGGACCCAUCACCUGUAGCUCGUAAACUCCCUCAUAGCUCCAGUAGCGACAACAUAAAGGAUCUCAGCCACAACUCCCGUGUGGUGAAGACGCACGCUAAAGAAACUGAGUCCCAAGUGAUUUGCCAGAUAGGACUCACCAAACCGUCCCAAAUGAGGCGUUCAGCUUCCCUCACCAAGUUAGGUUACUUGGACCUGUGUAAAGACUGUUUACUGGAAAGGGAGCCUGUCUCCUCUGAGUCCCUUCAUCUCAAACUUCUUCAGCCCUUCCUCAGAACAGACUCAGGCAUGCAUGCCAUGGAGGCCUGGGAACCCCCUGGAAACUCAGAUGCCCCCCAGAACCCAGAGCCCACCAAGUAUUUUAUAGAGCAACUUAAAACAACAGAGUGUAUCGUGCAGAGCAAGCCAGUGGAGAGGCCCCUUGUACAGUAUGCCAAAGAGUUUGGUUGCAGUCAGCAGUGUUUGCUCCCCAAGGCAGGACCUGAAUGGACUAGUUCUGAAGGAGGCCCUCCUUUGCUGCAGACCCCGGGGCUGCAGCGCGCAGGCCCAGCUCCCCGUCAGCAGCACCACAGAACUCACCCCCUUAGGAGACUGAAAAAAGCAAGUGAUAAAAAACGGACAACCAACCCUUUCUAUAAUACCAUGUGA